GCCCGCGUUCCUUUCAAGCUGCCCAAUGAAAUGUGAGUUUGUGGGUUUGGUCUAUGAAAACAGACAAUCAGAUAACUCCCUAACACUUUGAAAAUUAGCAUAGAGCAGUGAAUAAAUGCCUCUGUAUCGCACUGUUGCUUACAUUAUCUCGUCAGUCUUGUGAUAUCGCAUCAUCAUGCCUGAACCAGCAAAGUCCGCUCCUAAGAAGGGAUCCAAAAAGGCCGUCACCAAGACCGCCGGUAAGGGAGGAAAGAAGCGCAGAAAGUCCAGGAAGGAGAGCUACGCCAUCUAUGUCUACAAAGUCCUGAAGCAGGUCCACCCUGACACCGGCAUCUCCUCCAAGGCGAUGGGCAUCAUGAACUCUUUCGUCAACGACAUCUUCGAGCGCAUCGCCGGUGAGUCGUCUCGCCUUGCGCACUACAACAAGCGCUCCACCAUCACUUCCAGAGAGAUCCAGACCGCCGUGCGUCUGUUGCUGCCCGGUGAGCUGGCCAAACACGCCGUGUCCGAGGGCACAAAGGCCGUCACCAAAUACACCAGCUCGAAGUGAGGCGUGCCCGACUUCAACUACCCCAAAGGCUCUUUUAAGAGCCACACAUCUUCUCAGAUAAAGAGCUUUUGUUUGUUAUCUAAUGCUUUUAAUUCUAUGAGAACUUUGAGUGCGUUGAUAUAACACACUAAUUUGGGUUUCUGAGGAGAUUUAGGCUGAGCUCGUUUUAUAAUCCUAAUCCACCCCUUUCAGUCUGUCGUAUAUUUUAAAAACACGUUUAUCCUUUUCUUCCUUGCUCUAUAUAAAUGGCCUAAACUACUGUCGGUAUUUUAUAUCUUGUGUAAAUCUCAUCAGACACCAAACCGCGAGCUGUUCCUUACAUAUGAAAGUCACUCAACUGUUUUACCUUUACCUUUGUUUUUCUAAUUUCAUCAGCCAUGUGUGCAGAUACACGUUAAAUACAAAAAACUUUUAUUUCCAUGUAUUUACUAUUCAUG